GUUCCUUCAUCCACUCUGUGCCCAGGCAUGAAGUGCCAGGGGAGCUGGAAGUCUCCUAUCCACAAGUUCAACCACAGGAUGCAGGGGUUUACUCUGCCAGAUAUAUAGGAGGGAACCUCUUCACUUCUGCUUACACAAGGCUUAUUGUAAGACGAUGUGAAGCUCAGAAAUGGGGCCCUUCCUGUAGCUCUCACUGCCCUUCCUGCACGAACAAUGGCAUUUGUCAUGAAGAUACUGGGGAAUGCAUCUGUCCUCCAGGUUUUAUGGGAAAAACAUGUGAGAAAGCUUGUGGAGCCAAUAUAUUUGGCAAAACAUGUGAAGAGACCUGUAAAGAAAUCCAUGGCUGCAGAAAUUAUAUGUUCUGUCUACCAGAUCCAUAUGGUUGUUCUUGUGCCACAGGAUGGAUGGGACUGGAAUGUGACAAAGAAUGCAAACCUGGUUUUUAUGGAUCGGAUUGCAAACUCAAAUGUAAUUGUCACAAUCGAGGCACAUGUGACAGAUUUAAGGGCUGCAUCUGUACCCUCGGAUGGCAUGGUCUGCAAUGUGAAAAAGAAGGUAAAGCAAGGUAACACGAUCUUUCACCUCAGAUAGAAAACUUACUAGAUCCUGUAGAACUCAACUCUGGUGUCGAGUUCAAGCCUUUUUGUAUAGCAACUGGGAUGCCCCUUCCUAAAUCCGAAGAAUUUAAACUUUUGAAGCAAGAUGGAACUGUCCUAAGGCCUGCCCUAAUUGUUACCAGUAAUCGCUCUGAAGCUAUGUUUACAAUUAAUCGAAUCCAGCUGCGUGAUACAGGAACCUGGGUCUGCAGUGUGCAGACAGUAGCGGGAAUGGCAGAGAAACCAUUUCAAGUUACAGUCAAAGUUCCUCCUGUGCCACAGUACGCCCCAAGACUGACAGACAGCGGACAUAAUUUUCUUAUUAUUGAUAUCAAUGCUGCGUUACAUCUUGGAGACGGACCUGUUGUGUCAACAAAACUCCUGUACAAGCCAGCAAAACGUUACCAGUCCUGGAUGUCUGUGGAAGUAAAAGGCACAACAAAAAGACUGGACAAUCUGGAACCAAAAACAGAAUAUCAGUUCUGUGUUCAGCUGAGUCGGCAAGGGGAAGGUGGGGAAGGCCAUCCUGGACCACAGGCUAGCUUCACAACAGCUGCGCUUGGUCUUCCUCCACCAGAAGGUCUCACUCUCUUUCCGAAAAGUAUGACAUCACUGAAUUUGUCAUGGCAUCCUUUAACACUGAGGACAGAGGAUGACAUUCGUGUUGAAGUGGAAAGAAAGAGCGUGAAUGACAAUGGUGACGAGAGCAGUGUUAUUACUCAAGUGCCAGGAAAUAUGUCUACGCUGAUCAUUAAAGAUCUUGAGCCUAGACAGCAAUACAUGUGCAGGGUACGGGUGAACACCAGGUCCCAAGGAGAAUGGAGCAACUAUCUGUAUGCAUGGACUUUCAGUGACAGAAUCCCUCCUGCACCAUACAACAUCAGGUUUUCUAACACCACAGACACAUCCUCAGUCAUCUCUUGGACAGCUGCCGAGGGUCAUUCCAUCUCCUCCAUCAUCAUCAGCUACAAAAUUUAUGGCAAGGCUGAGUACAACCACAUUGAUAUUGUCAUAAAGAACACCAGCAUUACUCAAUACCAUCUGAAAGGCCUCGAGCCAAAUACUGUGUACCAGGUUCAGAUUAAUGCUCAGAACAACAUUGGCUUGAGCAACCCAAACACAUCGUUUGAACUGAAGACUCUUCCAGAAACUAAAGCUCAAUAUGAAUCAAAAGGAGGCAAAAUGCUGCUUAUUGCUAUCCUUGGCUCUGCAGGGAUGACCUGUGUAACAAUCCUCCUGGCCUUUCUCAUCAUGCUGCAGUUAAAGCGAGCCAACUUCCAGCGCCGAAUGGCUCAGGCUUUCCAAAAUGUGAGGGAAGAGCCAGCUGUACAGUUUAACUCAGGUACUCUCACCCUGAGCAGGAAAGCCAAAAACAGCCCAGAUCCCACUAUUUAUCCAGUUCUUGAGUGGAAUGACAUAAAGUUUCAAGAUGUGAUUGGGGAAGGUAACUUUGGGCAAGUCCUGAAAGCACGCAUUAAGAAAGAUGGCUUACGCAUGGACGCUGCAAUUAAAAGGAUGAAAGAGUAUGCCUCAAAAGAUGAUCACAGAGACUUUGCUGGAGAACUUGAAGUUCUUUGUAAACUUGGUCAUCAUCCCAAUAUCAUAAAUCUCUUGGGAGCAUGUGAACAUCGGGGAUAUCUUUAUCUUGCUAUUGAAUAUGCCCCCCAUGGAAAUUUACUGGACUUCCUUCGCAAAAGCAGAGUGCUAGAGACGGACCCAGCAUUUGCUAUUGCCAACAGUACUGCAUCGACACUUUCCUCUCAGCAACUUCUGCAUUUUGCAGCAGACGUUGCUAGAGGGAUGGACUAUUUGAGCCAGAAACAGUUUAUUCACCGAGAUUUGGCAGCAAGAAACAUCUUGGUUGGAGAAAAUUACGUUGCAAAAAUAGCUGACUUUGGCUUAUCAAGAGGUCAAGAAGUUUAUGUUAAGAAGACCAUGGGACGGCUUCCAGUGCGAUGGAUGGCAAUUGAAUCUUUAAAUUACAGUGUUUACACUACAAACAGUGAUGUAUGGUCUUACGGUGUCCUAUUAUGGGAAAUUGUUAGUUUAGGUGGAACACCAUAUUGUGGCAUGACAUGUGCAGAACUCUAUGAAAAACUGCCUCAAGGGUACAGACUGGAAAAGCCUCUCAACUGUGAUGAUGAAGUGUAUGACCUAAUGAGACAGUGCUGGAGAGAGAAACCAUAUGAAAGACCAUCAUUUGCUCAGAUACUGGUGUCACUGAACAGGAUGUUAGAAGAAAGGAAGACCUAUGUGAAUACUACCCUAUAUGAGAAGUUUACUUAUGCAGGCAUUGAUUGCUCCGCUGAAGAAGCUGCUUAAGACAGCAGAAAUCUUCAUUCAUCAAUGAUAUAUGGAAGAAAAGCAAAACUCAAUCUUCUGGAGCCCAAAAUGUGAUGUGAUGUGUAGAACUGUGUAUAGCUCUAACUGUAUAUAAUACAGUUUGACUACAGAUAUGUAUGUGUAUAUCACACAAUAA